UAACAAGUACACAUUGUUUCCUACGGACUUUUUAUUUUCGUGGACACCUUUUUUGACAGCAGAGUAAGCACUUAACCAUGAUACCCGUGGCGUCUGGACUCUACAUCGGGUCAGUGUCUGAUCUGAAGGAUGCUGAGAGUCUGUCAGCUGCAGGUAUAACACACAUUCUGACUGUAGACUCAGAGGAAGCUUCUGUCACUGGAUUCAACACCAAAUUCAUCCGAGCUCUGGAUGAUGAGUCCACAGACCUGCUGAGCAGACUAGAUGACUGUACCAGCUUUAUUUCUGAAGCCCUUAGCACACAAGCUGACUCCAAAUCAGCAGCAGUUCUUGUGCAUUGCCAUGUGGGGCAAAGCAGAAGUGCUGCAGUGGUGACUGCUUACCUGAUGAAAACACAGCACCUGACCUUACAGGAAGCAUAUUCUAAACUGCAAAACAUAAAACCAGAUGUCAAAAUGAAUGAAGAGUUUCUGGAUCAGCUGGCACUUUAUGAAUUGAUGGACUGUAAAGUGGACACCACAAGUCCUGUUUACAAACAGUUUAGGCUGAAAAAGAUUACAGAGAAAUAUCCAGAGCUCCAGAAUGUGCCAAAAGAUGUAUUUGCUGUUGACCCUGCACAAACCCAGAAUGCAGAAGCUGUAUACAGAUGUAGAAAGUGCAGACGCACACUUUUCCGACACUCCAGCAUUCUCAGUCACUGUGUGGGAAGUGGAGCGUCUGCCUUCUCUCAUAAGAAGACACGGAUUGUGAGCUCUUCAGCUGAAGAUGAGACACAGUGCACUUCCUAUUUUAUAGAGCCGGUGCAGUGGAUGGAGCAGGCUUUACUAGGGGUCAUGGAUGGACAGCUUCUGUGUCCCAAGUGCAGCUCAAAGCUGGGCUCCUUUAACUGGUAUGGUGAACAGUGUUCGUGUGGCCGCUGGGUCACACCGGCCUUCCAGAUGCACAAGAACAGAGUGGACGAAAUCAAACACAUCAGUAUAUCUGCACUCAAAUGACCUCCAAUAAACUUCUGUAUCAUAUGCACAAAAAUUGUUUUUAUUUUUAGUGUUUUGAGUUAAAUAAUACACAACUUUUUGUAUGGCAUAAAUUAUAAGCUAUAUACAUAUAUAACUAUAUGAUAAGGAACAUUUGAUUUGGUUACUAGUUGUUGUUAGUAAAAUGUAGACAUUUGACAUUUCCCCCAGUUUUUGCUCAAGAUGCGAAUUUUAACCAGAUCCCACAUGGCAAGACAAAAACUGAUUUUUUUUUCGUCAUGUUAUUGUUUUGUGGAAUGAGAAAUUCACUGAAAUAUCACAGUAACAGAGUUGACAAAUAAUGAAUCUACUAUUAGUGUAUCCUCAAGUUUGUAAAAAUUGAUUAAAGUAUAAAUGACCUGCCUCAGUGCCUUCACUUGGAGUAAGUCACUUGGUUUUUCUACUAGUGCUUUACAGAUUGUUCUGCCUUUUAUCGCUGAAAUUAAAAUAAUACAGAGAAUAGAUGUUUCAUAUGCAACAGUUUAAUAAACAUAGUUAUUGCACAUACAAGAUGAAAAUUAGGCUUAAUCAUUUCCUGAUAAUUGAAGCUGAAUGUGUAAUUCAGGAGGCAGAAAAAGUAAAAAAAUAGAUAAAGUAGUCUUUAAUAUUUUUAACAUAAAAAAUAGUAUUUAAAUAAUUUUAAAUAUUAUAAAUAAAAGACAAAAUGGCCCUAAGUUUACAUACAAGUGUAAAUUGUUAGAAAUAACAUGAAAUAAGUUGUUAUUAUUCAAAACUAAUUAACUUUUAUUUUAUUUAGUUUUAUUUAGAAAAAUAAUAGAAGAUUAUAUAUAAUAUAAUUAUAUAAAUAAUUAUAUAAAUAUAAUCAUUUUAAUUUGUAAAUUAUUCCUGUGAUGGCAAAGCUGUUUGUUUACUCCAGUCUGUCACAUGAUCCUCCAGAAGUCAUUCAUAAUAUGCUGAUUUUGUGCAGCAAAAAUAAAAUAAAAUAAAAACCUAUGUUAUCACUUAUUUUGAAAGUUAUUAAUUUUCUGCUAAAUUUGAAACAUUAUAAUUCUUUGAUGAUUUUAACGUUUAAACAUAAAAAUAAAUAUUAAAUAUAUAUAGACAGACAAAACAAAAAAAAAACCUCUUAAUGUCCCAAACUUUUGUAAUGGGUUUAUAUAUUCUGGUUUUAUUUACCUUGUUUUGUCUCUUCCAUAAAUGAGUAUGGUUUAUUUAAAUUAACCUCUGCAUUUUUCAAAUAAAUAUUACCAGUCUCAUCAAA